CAGGCCAGGACACUACAUGAUGAAAACAGAGGAACAUACAAAUCUGCUACAUGCCUGAACACAUCCAGCUCUGCUACAUGAACUACACCCCUUCCCAGGAGCAGUUCACACAGUAAGGACGCUCAGGCUGACUCCUCCCCAACAUGUGACUGAUCACAUGGUGAUGACGUCAAGAAAGGUCCUAGCGCCCAGUAACAUCAGCGGAGCUGUCAUCCUGCCGCUCUGUGUGUCAGUGAUACAGGGCUGUCAGCUGGCCCUCCAAAUGGCUGAGUGUGAAACAGACCGUGAAAGCAGUCACGCUUUAGAUGGGGAGGAAUCGAUGAAGUCAGAUAAUCUCACGGUCCGUUUCUCAGUAGAGGAGCUGGAAUCACACGAAGAGAGACAAAAUGAAUCUUGUAAGAGUGGGACAACAAAGAUCCACCAGAGCCCAACCUUAGUGGGUUAUAUUUAUGUGAAGCCAGAGAUAGUAUCACGGAUUCACCGAGGAGAGGAGCUUUGUGUAAGGAGCAAUUUGUAUUCUCAAAAGUGGAACUGCAAAACCGCUUCUUCUACAAGUAGAUGCAGGAGUGACAAAUUUGAGGAAGACUCUAGGACUGUGAUAAACUCUUCAGCUACUAUAUCGGAAGAUAAUGGUUGUGUACAGCAGGAUUAUAACCAAAGAGAGAGACAAGUGCUUCAUAUUAAAGGUUUACCCAGUGGGUCAGCUGCAGCGACCACCCCUUGUGAAGUAGAAAGCCCAUCCGAUUCUAAAACUGUAAUGAAACCAUGUAUUUCAACACUUCCGCUAAAAUACACCAGUGCUAAUUCCAUAAAUAAUCAGGUACGAGAGGAACACGGCACAGAAAAGGGGGCGUCAUUUCCUAAACAAUUUCCUGGGACCUCACAGAAAACUCGUACAAGGAGGAAACAUUUCAUGAGCGGCAGGGGCACAAAUACUGAGGCUGGUCUUGACUCUUUAGAGCCAAAAGCAAUACCAGGAACUAAAAGGAAGCCAACAAAGUCAUAUACCUGCACAGUGUGUGGCAAAAGUUUUACCCAAAAUGCUAGUCUCAUCAUUCAUCACAGGACACACACAGGUGAAAGACCCCAUGUCUGUAAGGAAUGUGGGAAAAGCUUUAUUAGUAGUGCAUAUCUAGUCAUGCACCAGAGAAUCCACACAGGAGAACGGCCCUACGUGUGCAAAGAGUGUGGGAAAAGCUUUAUAAACAGUUCCAAUCUUAUCAUACAUAGGAGAGUGCACACCGGUGAACGGCCCUACGUGUGCAACGAAUGUGGAAAAAGCUUCCGCCAUAGCUCGGAUCUUGUCAGACACCAAAAAGUCCACACUGGGGAGAGGCCCUACACUUGCACGCAAUGUGGAAAAUGCUUUUUCCGAAGCUCUCACCUUAUUCGGCACCGAAGGGUUCAUACAAAGAGCUAGAUGAACAGUCUCAUUUAAUUUAUUUAUCAGUGUAUUCGUUGACAUUUUUGGUCAAAUUUAGAAUCACAUAUUGCCAAAUAUUUAGUUGUACUUAUUGCACUUUUUAUAAAGAAUUGAUGUCUCGCUAACUACAGCUCCCAAUAUACUUCAGCAGUGAUGUCAUCUAAUGAAGAGCCACAGCUUUCCUGCUUUAUUACACCAUAAACAGCUGAUAAUAUUAUCAUUACAUUCCUUUCUUUCAUGAUAUUCUGUAUAUGAUCCCUCUAGUCUAACGUCUCACAGAAAAAUCAAUAGCCCUAGCAGGCAGGAUUGGUUGUAGCAGGCAGGAUUGGUUGUAGCAGGCAGGAUUGUUUGCAGCAGGCAGGAUUGUUUGCAGCAGGCAGGAUUGUUUGCAGCAGGCAGGAUUGUUUGCAGCAGGCAGGAUUGUUUGCAGCAGGCAGGAUGGGUUGCAGCAGGCAGGAUGGGUUGCAGCAGGCAGGAUCGGUUGUAGCAGGCAGGAUCGGUUGUAGCAGACAGGAUUGGUUCGCUUCACCUCCUCACUUAAAUCUAAGGCAGUGCUAUAAAAGUUCUAAUAACCUGCCAUAUGAAAAGAAAGGAAAUACAGAUUACUGACUGGAUCAACAGUAAUUUGUUGACCUCUAUCAAAGUUACAAAUAUAAUCAUCUGUGUCUUUAAGUUAUAUUUACAUCUGCUUAGCCAGCUCCAGACCCGCAUAAGCAUGCAGCCCCCUCCCCUUGCAGUUAUACUUACCAUUAUUAGCUGCUGUGUAGUCCACCUUGACUCAGCUUGAAGGUAUUAUUGCAGAAGUUGGAAAUUUCACGAGGGCAGAUGCCAACUAAAUGUACUAAAUGUCUUCAUGGUUAUGCAGUGUUCCAGAGAGCUUAAAGGGAAUCUGUUAGCUGCAAUUUAGAUCCCAAACUGCUGACACUGUAAUCUAGCUGUUAGGGCAGGGAGAUACAUGGGGGGAGAUUUAUCGAAACCUGUGCAGAGAAAAAUUUGACCAUAGCAACCAAUCAGAUCGCUGCUUUCAUUUUGCAAAGGCCUUGCUAGAAAUGAAAGAAGCAAUCUGAUUGGUUGCUAUGGGCAACUGGGCAAAUUUUCCUCUGCAUAGGUUUUGAUAAAUCUCCCCCAUGGUACCUUGUAUAUAUCUGUCUGUGCUUUCAUAACAUAGAAAAAUGCUUUUAUUCUCCUGUCCAAGCCCCUGAAGUGCUGAGGGCUGGAACACUUCCUUGCUGUCCCUUCCAUCCCUAUUCCUGUUUGACAGUCAGCUGGAAGCUUAGCCCUGUUUCCAAAUCUCACACCUGCACACAGUUUGUAUGCACAAUGCAGAAGCAAGAUUUGGAAACAGGGCUUAGCUUCCAGCUGACUGUCAAUCAAGCAGGGAUAGGAAGUGUUCCAGCCCUCAGGAUUUCAGGGGCUUGGGAACACUACUUUGUACAGGAGAAUAACAUUUUUUUACUACUUUAUGGAAUACAGAUAAUAAAAAAGGAUCAUGCGUCUCCUUGUCUCCUACUAGGACAUACUAAGUAAGUGGGAUGAAUAUUUACAAAGGAUCGGGAUAAACAGUCGAAGGGGCGGGGUUAUCGACCAGUGUGUAUAAAUUGGCAACUUGGAGUUAUUGCCCCUUUUGUAAAUAUGGUAUGUUCCUAACAAACUGGCAAUACCAGCACUGACUGGUCAGUAUCAGGAGAAAGCUCCAAACCACUUGGACAAGGGGAAUAGUAAUUAAAAUUGUUCAAAUCUAUCACCAGGAAUAGAUUAAAAACAUUAUUUUAUUUCUUACAUGUUAAGAUAAACUGUUGGCAAGUUAGACAAGCUAAAAAGCACUAACGCGUUUUGAAUGUAAAUGUUCUGAAUCAACUUGGUCUAACUUACCAACUGUGUAUUUUAACAUGUAAGAAAUAAAAGAAAUGGUUUAACUACUCCUGGUGCUAUGUUUGAAAGAUGUUCUACUAGUGUGGCGCUCCAUCAGACAUUUUAGGAAGCUUCCUGAAUUCUCCAACUAAAAUAAUUAAAAAGAAUCAACAUGACUGUGUGCCAACAUGCUUUUCAGAUGAGAUUUAUCUUACCUAGUCCCUAUGAAACUACCUUUACAUUACAUUUGGUUAAUGUUAGAGAUGUGCUGUCUCCUUACAGCAGAAAAAAAAAAUUUCUGUAAAAUGUUAUAAAUAUCAGAUUACUGUGAUACUGUGCAGUGAUUGAAAGACAAUCAUGGAUUACAUUAUUUUAUAUCCCUCACAGCAUUUCCAUAGUUUCUUUCGUUAUGUAUGCUAAUGGCAAAGUGAAUUGUUCAUUAAAACAAAUUUUUGCUA